CGGAAGUUUACACUCUACCGUCUCUUCUGUGGUGUGAAUUAGCCUGUGUCUUUUAGCGACUCUUUCUUCGAUUUGUAAUAUAAGUUGUAGCAACAAUGUCUGAAAGAAAAGUGUUAAAUAAAUACUACCCCCCAGAUUUCGAUCCAUCUAAAAUCCCCAAGCUUAAACUGCCCAAAGACCGCCAGUAUGUGGUCAGAUUGAUGGCUCCAUUCAACAUGAGGUGCAAAACAUGUGGCGAGUAUAUCUACAAGGGGAAGAAGUUUAAUGCACGUAAAGAGACGGUUCAGAACGAACUCUACAUGGGUCUGCCAAUCUUCCGUUUCUACAUUAAAUGUACUCGGUGCCUUGCUGAGAUUACAUUUAAGACUGACCCAGAGAACACAGACUAUGCCAUGGAGCACGGGGCAACACGAAACUUCCAGGCGGAGAAACUCCUGGAGGAAGAGGAAAAGAGAAUCCAGCAGGAGAGGGAAGAUGAAGAACUCAACAACCCGAUGAAAGUGCUGGAGAAUCGCACAAAAGAUUCAAAGAUGGAGAUGGAGGUUCUGGAGAACCUCCAAGAACUGAAAGAGCUGAACCAGAGACAGGCUCAAGUGGACUUCGAGGGAAUGAUUGAAAAAUACAGAGAGAUUGAGAAGCGAGAAAGAGAAAGAAUAAAAGAAGAGGAUGAGCGUGAAACAAAAGAGAUGUUGGAGCGUGUGCUGGUGAAAAGACUCAGAGACUCUGACUCGGAUUCAGAAAAGGAGGAAGAGUGCGGCAGCAGCCAGUCGAAGGGGACCUCAUCUGGAGGAGUGAGGAGGAACAAGGUGGAGAGCUGGGAGAGGAGUGUGGGGACUCUUGGGGGCGGAGGAGCGCUGGGCUCCCUGGUGGUGCGUAAGAAAUCAGCAGUGACCGAUAAGAAGAGCACUCCAGAGGAGAGGACCGCAGAUUACACCGAGAGUGAGAUUCUGAGGGCCUACAGAGCUCAGAAAGAGUUGGACUUUGAGGAUCCCUACCAACACUCUGAUAAGGAGCACCAGAAUGGGGGCUUCAGCUCCUGUAAUACAACAGUGAGCCUUCCCUCUUUUCCUGCACUUGGCUCCGUUCUGGCCAACGGGGUGGAGGUGAAAGUCGUGUCUCCAAAACACAGACUAAUAAAAGUGGACUCUCAGGAGUUUGGGCGCUGUAAAAUUCCCUUGAGUCCCGUGGCUGCUCAGGAAGAGCCAGUGAUCCCCUCCGCCCCGGCAGCAUCGGAUGCUGACACCGACUACUCGGACCCAUUUGAUGCACGCCCAGACCCGAGAGCCCGACCAAGCUGGGAGCCCAAAUCUGCACCAACGGACUGCUGCAGUUACAUGGAGCCAUUCGAGGCACAGCGGAUCAUUUCAGACUUGCAACACGGCGUAAUGACUUGCAGAUCUGGGAGUGGAGAUGGCAGCCAGUUAUAUGACAACCCCUAUGAGGAGAGGAGCCGCCUCCACCAUCGAGCCGCUCCACCUCCACAACAGCAGCCUCUGAAGGCUGAGGGGGGGCUUGGCCCAGUGGACAGCAGAGAGAGCAGACUCCCCCAGGACGACGAGAGGCCGGCUGACGAAUACGACCAGCCCUGGGAGUGGAAGAAGGACAACAUCUCCAAAGCCCUUGCAGUUCAGUUUGAAGGGGCAGAAAGGGAGCGUUCUCGAGCCCAGAGCGAACAGACCAGGCUCACCAAGGCGGGCGCAGCAUCCACAUCGGACACAGCUACGCUCCGUCUUGUUAGUGACACUCCUCCUCUCCUGGGGGAGAGAGUCGACCCUUUCCUGCCUCUGGAGAUGCAAGUGUGGUACCACGGAGCCCUGAGCCGCUCGGAGGCAGAGUCUCUGCUGACUCUGUGCAAGGAGAGCUCGUACCUGGUGAGGAACAGCCAGACCUGCCGGAACGACUACUCGCUGUCCCUCAGGAGCUGCAGUGGCUUCAUGCACAUGAAGUUCACUCGGUGUGUAGACGGGCGUUUUGUGCUGGGGGAGAACAGUCCUCCCUUCGCUACCAUCCCAGAGGUCAUCCACUACUACACCACCCACCAGCUGCCCAUCCGAGGAGCUGAGCACAUGUCCCUACUGGACUCCUGA